ACUUCGGAAUGUGGACGAUUGCCUUUCUUGAUUACGCGGAGUUUGCCGUUUCAGGUCUGCGGCAGCCUCUCUCCUGCACAGCAAGCCAAGCAAGAUGCCCCCAAGAGCAGCCCCAAAAGCCUACCAAAUUUUGGCCAAAACGCACCAGGUCACGAUUUUCCUAACAGUCCCCCAAUCCGCAACGAUCGCGUUGCUGAAGGAUGAGGCGCUUUCUGCGCUCACAUCUCGCGUCGCCAUUGAGGAUGAGAACUUUCCUCGCGUAAGCAGCACAAGCGACUUUGAGCUGGCGCACGCAGUGAAGGAGAAGGAGAAGAGCAAGUCAGGGGUGACUUAUGAGGCCCUUGAGGCAGAGAAGGCCAUCAGAGGUCUCCUAUCAAACUGGGAGAUACUGUACUUUCAGUUUAGAGACGAAGACGGCAACUUGAUGCCAGUAGAAGUCUCCCAGCCUUCUCUCGUUGAUGAUGAUGAGGAAGAGCCUCCGAUGAAUAAAGGGAAACGCAAGGCGCUAUCAGAAUAGUCAUCUAACACCGCAUGAAGUUCUGAAAAUUAUAUUCCAAGGAUGUACUACGAAGGGCAUGCAGAGGCAAGAGUCAGGUCAUAUUACUGCAGACGGUAUUAUGACUGCCAUUGGCGCGGGGUGUAAGGAAGCAACGCAGCAGCCACUCGCCGGCCCUCUUCCGCGAGCAAGUUAUACGUCGAGCACGCAUUUCUCUGGAAGUACGAGCAGUUAUCGAUAUUAGCACUACAUUUGCAAUAUAUUGGUAGUAGAUAGACCU